GAACGAAUGCUAGGCGCGGAAGAGCGUGCGCGGAAAUGGCGCUCUGUACGUGUCCCCGGACCCGACGUCUGCCACGGGCGCGCGCUCGCACGCCGGAAGGGGCGGAGCCAGGUUUGGCUUUAUAUAGCGGAUACGGAAGGCGGGCCGAUCUCUAGCGACUGGAUUCGGCGGCGUGAUGUCUCACAGGAAGUUCUCCGCUCCCAGACAUGGGUCCCUGGGCUUCCUGCCUCGGAAGCGCAGCAGCAGGCAUCGUGGGAAGGUGAAGAGCUUCCCCAAGGAUGACCCUUCCAAGCCGGUCCACCUCACAGCCUUCCUGGGAUACAAGGCUGGCAUGACCCAUAUCGUGCGGGAGGUCGAUAGGCCAGGAUCCAAGGUGAACAAGAAGGAGGUGGUGGAGGCUGUGACCAUUGUGGAGACGCCACCCAUGGUAGUUGUGGGCAUUGUGGGCUAUGUGGAAACCCCUCGAGGCCUCCGGACCUUCAAGACUGUCUUCGCUGAGCACAUCAGCGAUGAGUGCAAAAGGCGUUUCUAUAAGAACUGGCAUAAAUCGAAGAAGAAGGCCUUCACCAAGUACUGCAAGAAAUGGCAGGAUGAGGAUGGCAAGAGGCAGCUGGAGAAGGACUUCAGCAGCAUGAAGAAGUACUGCCAAGUCAUCCGCGUCAUUGCCCACACCCAGAUGCGCCUCCUUCCUCUGCGCCAGAAAAAGGCCCACCUGAUGGAGAUCCAGGUGAAUGGAGGCACCGUGUCCGAGAAGCUGGACUGGGCCCGUGAGAGGCUGGAACAGCAGGUACCUGUGAACCAAGUGUUCGGGCAGGACGAGAUGAUUGACGUCAUCGGGGUGACCAAGGGCAAAGGCUACAAAGGUGUCACGAGUCGUUGGCACACCAAGAAGCUGCCCCGCAAGACCCACCGAGGCCUGCGCAAGGUGGCCUGUAUUGGGGCAUGGCAUCCUGCCCGUGUGGCCUUCUCUGUGGCACGUGCUGGGCAGAAAGGAUACCAUCACCGCACUGAGAUCAACAAGAAGAUCUAUAAGAUCGGCCAGGGCUACCUUAUCAAGGAUGGCAAGCUGAUCAAGAACAAUGCCUCCACCGACUAUGACCUGUCUGACAAGAGCAUCAACCCUCUGGGUGGCUUUGUCCACUAUGGUGAAGUGACCAAUGACUUCGUCAUGCUGAAAGGCUGUGUGGUGGGAACCAAGAAGCGGGUGCUCACCCUCCGCAAGUCCUUGCUGGUGCAGACCAAGCGGCGGGCUCUGGAGAAGAUUGACCUGAAGUUCAUUGACACCACCUCCAAGUUUGGCCAUGGCCGCUUCCAGACCAUGGAGGAGAAGAAAGCAUUCAUGGGACCACUCAAGAAAGACCGAAUUGCAAAGGAAGAAGGAGCUUGAUGCCAGGAACAGAUUUUGCAGCUGGUGGGGUCUCAAUAAAAUUUAUUUUCCACUGA